UGCUCCUCUCCGUCGACGCUUCUUCCCCGCUCCCAUGAUUCCAUGACUACCUUUUCUCUGCGUUGUCUUACGGCCCUGGUGGUACAUUGACCUCCUCACCACCAAGCGACUUUCCUAAUCCAUAGCCAACCCCGGGGCGUUUUCUUCCUGUCCGGUCCCCCGGUUAAUUUGCUCUCAUGCAGGCUUCACCGAGCCCCUCUGAGCCAAGCGGAGGAUAUGCAACGAAAAGAGGCCAUGUACCUCAACUGUCGAUCAGUGACCCCAGUCACCAUGUCACCGAAGCCAUUGGCCAUAUGUACGAUGACGAUUACGACAAGCGAGAUUCUCGACGCCUCAGUUUCAUAUCCUCCCCGUUGAGCGAAUCCAUUACUAUAAUUCCCACAAAGCUCGCCGGCUGCGAAUCUCCUACCUCCCCACAGUCUCUCCAGGUUCAAAACCACAUCAAUGAUCAUAAUAAUCGGCAAGCGAACGGGCAACCAUGGCCGCAUGGGGCCAAGUCCGCCGAAAGUAGCCCGACGUCUCCCGCGUCCACCACGUCCCCCGUAUCGACCGACACAGCCACAACCUCCUUCCCUCUGAACGAUGUCGACUAUGAAUCCGACCCGGCCGCCGUAGCACAAGAGCUGAACAAUCUCGCCGCGAUCCGGCGGAUGUCUAUGGAUGUUGCUGCUACGGAUGACCCCGAUCUCCCGAGCUUCUCCGUUCCAUCCAUAGCGCCCUCUCCCUCCGACGACGAAAACGAUGCAUCGCGACUGUUUUGGGUUCCAGCCCGUUUACACCCGGAACUUGCCCCGAAGGAGUUCAAGUCUUUCCUUGAAAGUAAAACAGAACAGAUCAAGCGGAAAUCAGGCGACUUUUCUACCUUGGGCCCGGAGCGUGAGGGAUCAAUAAGGGGCUUGAGGCGGAAGCGGUCUAUGCUAUCCAGGCAGAUUGACACCUCUCAGGGAUAUACAGAUGGCGCCGAACGACUCGAACGAAAACGCUCACAAUCGAAACGCGAUUCGUUGGGGCCCAAUCUGCAUGAACUAGAAACAAUAGUGAACGAUUCGAAGCCGCGAGUUCCCAACGCAACGAAUAUCCUCGAUGGAAUCCAGAAACUUGGCAUUUCCACCGAUGAGGAUAAACCUAUCCUUCCCCCUGCACCUCCAAGCCACAGCCUCAGACGCUCGACAAGGACACAAUAUAGGAAGGCCGGAAGUCUGAAGAAAGGCGAGAAGGCACCGUAUUCGAAGCGCGUGGCUAGAACUUCGGACGCAGAUGAGAGGGUUACUUCACCAACUGGUUCAUCUGGAGGUCAAGCAGUCUUGGGGCUGACGCGAAUGUCUACCGACCCAACACCCAGUUCAACGCGAGCUCAAGCUGCGGCCAAAUCGACGCAAGGCGCACCCCAGGCCCCUGUUGCGACAACUAGUACAACAACAGCAAGCUCCAGUGUAGACUCAGCGGUGGAACACUCACAACCAGCCAACGACCGCUCUCAUGAUGCAGCUUCGUCAGAUCCGUCGAACAGGGCAAGCGCGCCAGCACAUUCGCGACAAUGGCACUCACGGAUCAGCUCCAAUGGACGGUCAACGGCGGACGUUCCACCGUCAGAACAAAAGAUACCUGAAAUCAUUGAAACGCCUCCUCCCGGGACUCCCACCACGCCUUCAACACCGACCUCACAGUCACAUGCGUCCCCGAAAGCACCUGCAGGCCAAGAUAGAAUGCAGGAACGAAGCUCAAGUAAGCGGUCGGCACAUAGUCGCACUCAGAAGGAGACCACACCCACCUUCAAUGACUUCGCCAAUACCCCACAGCCUCUUCCUGGAAACACCACCCGAACGGACAGCCUGUCGUACAUCCCAACUUUCGAGGAUCGCAAGGCUGAUUCGAAAGAGAAGGAGAAGGAAACAAAAGAGUCGAAAAAGUCAAAAGACAAGAAAGAUUCGGAGGGUGGCCGCAAAUCCAGCUGGCACUGGCUGCUGGGUUCCGAGGAUAAAGAUAAAGAGAAGAAAAAGGACAAGGACAGUGACUCGAAGAAACUCAAGGCCAAGAUAGUGGACAAAGUGCAUGAGACAGCGCACGCCCUGCCAUCCUCAAGUGAUUCUAGUCAGCGAGGCCGCGAAAGCGUUGCAGUGGAUCGACUGGAUCCCAAACUGGAAGAGGAGCGUCGCAAGGACAAUGCGCGACGGACUUCUGGGGAGUCGAAGAAAGAGAAGGAGUCUGGGUUGUUCUCCUCCAUAUUCGGCGGAAGUAGGAAGAAGAGCAGUGGUGACAGUAGCCAUCACAGCCAUCAUCACAAGAAAAGCGCUUCUCGAAACCUAUCACCUGAUCCGCCUGUGCGUGAGCUGCGGCCGGAUGUUGAUUACGCUUGGACCCGCUUCUCGAUUCUAGAAGAAAGAGCGAUUUACCGGAUGGCUCACAUCAAGCUUGCGAAUCCUCGACGCGCGCUGUACUCUCAGGUCUUGCUCAGCAACUUCAUGUACUCUUACUUGGCGAAGGUCCAGCAGAUGCACCCGCACAUGAUGUUGGCUACUUCCGCUGCGCAAAGGCAGCAGCAGAAGCAACAAGAAGAGUAUCAACAAUACCAAAGAUAUCAAGAGUCUCAGGUGCAACAAUAUACGGAUAGUUCCUACGAUGAUCCUCAAAUGUACGAAUAUACGGACGAUGCACAGGAUCAUUAUGGCACCCAUUCGCAAAGUAGCAAGGGUGGCUACGAGAAUGGAAAUGCAUAUGGCCCGGGACAUUACCAGUAUGGUCACUCGACAUUUGGCGACGACGUCCAGCUUGACGAUGAUGACGAUGAUAUGUGGUAAUAGGGAACAGACAAUUGAUUCCCUCUAUUGCUGUUGAUUCUAUUGCAGCGCACUAAAUACCCCUUGUGCCAAGUCUGGUCGGUUCUCACACUCUGUACACUGAUAUUAGCCUUUACUUCUUGUGUCA